GAGUCAACUUUCACUUUACACACCUGUGUGACGACUGAUGAAAAGCGUCUACAUACUUAUCGUUUGAGAGAUAAGCAGUCGUUAAACUUCGACCUGAGGUCAGUUUCUCAUCAUGGAGAACAAAGAGAGCACUGCUCCUGAAAUUAAACAAAAGAGAAAGAGUCAGAAAACAUCCUCAAUAUCUCCAGAACCCAGUUUUGUGUCUCUGAAGAGUAACACCUCCAUGUUUGAGCCACCUCAUCUCAGUGAUGAAGCAGUAACAUCUGACCCUCGGUGUGAUGUGAAUGAGGACGUGCAUCAGGAUCGUCUUGAUGAAUCAGUGGAUGAGGUUCUACAGAGAGUGAAAGACAAACACAAAAGCAUCAUGAAGAAUAAGUAUGAGAAUUUAUUUGAGGGAAUCAAAGCACAAGAGAAUCAAACACUCCUGACGAGAAUUUACACACAGCUGUACAUCAUAGAGGGAGAGAGUGAAGGAGUGAAUGAAGAACAUGAGGUUUUACACAUGGAGACAAAGCCCAGAAGAACACAAGACUUACAAGACACUCCAAUCUACUGCAAUGACAUCUUUAAACCUCAGUCACAUCAAAGAGACAAAAUCAAGAGUGUUCUUACUAAAGGCAUCGCUGGAAUUGGAAAAACAGUCUCUGUGCACAAGUUCAUUCUGGAUUGGGCCGAGGGAACAGCCAAUCAGGACGUAGAUUUCAUGUUCCUGCUUCCGUUUCGAGAGCUGAACUUGAUUCGAGAGCAUCGCUACAGUCUUCACAAACUUCUGCUGGACUUUCAUCCUGAACUUCAAGAUGUGGACUCAAAGAUUUAUGAGGAGUGUAAAGUUGUGUUCAUCUUUGAUGGUCUGGAUGAAAGCAGAAUGACUCUGAUGUUUUCAGACAGUGAGAAAGUUUCUGAUGUGACUGACACUUCAUCAGUGGCUGUGUUGAUGUCAAACCUCAUGAAAGGAGAUCUGCUUCCCUCUGCUCUCAUCUGGAUCACCUCCAGACCAGCAGCAGCCAAUCAGAUCCCCUCCAAAUUCUGUCAUCUGCGUGUGACAGAAAUCCAGGGAUUCAACGACGCUCAGAAGGAGGAAUAUUUCAGGAAGAGAAUCAGCGACGAGCAUCAAGCCAGCAGAAUCAUGUCACACAUCAGAAGAGCGAGAAGCCUCCACAUCAUGUGUCGGAUACCAGUCUUCUGUUGGAUCUCAUCCACUGUGCUUCAGAAGAUCCUGACACAAGAUCACAGUGAAGAAAUCCCCAAAACUCUGAGUGAAAUGUACAUCCACUUCCUGCUGAUUCAGAUGAAGGUGAAGAAUGAGAAGUAUGAUCCAGAGAGAGAUCCAGAGAUCAACAGAGAAGUGAUUGUGAAACUGGCUGAAGUGGCUUUCAAACAGCUGAUGAAGGGCAAUGUGAUGUUCUAUGAGGAGGAUCUGAGAGAGUGUGGGAUAGACAUCACUGACGCCUCGCUGUAUUCUAGCAUCUGUACUGAGAUCUUUAAGGAGGAAUCUGUCAUUCAUCAGAGGAAGAUCUACAGCUUCAUACAUCUCAGUCUUCAGGAGUUCCUCGCUGCGUUCUACGUGUUUUACAACAACUUAAUGAAAAAGAACACACUAUCAGUGGAGUUCCUUCUGGAAGAUAAAUAUUCCAAGUUCUUCUACAAAAAGCUCUUGCCUUCUGAAGUGUCUCUGUCUCUGCUACUAAAAUCAGCAGUAGCUAAAGCUCUUGAGAGUGAAACUGGUCAUCUGGAUCUUUUCUUGAGAUUUCUGUUGGGCAUCUCACUGGAGUCCAAUCAGAGACUCUUACAGGAUCUACUGACACACACACUGGACACAUCACAAGCCAUCAAGAAAACCACACAGUACAUCAAAGAUCAAAUCAAGGGUAAUGAUGGUCUGUCAGCUGAAAGAUCCAUCAAUCUGUUCUUGUGUCUGUCUGAAGUGAAUGAUCAGACGCUGAACAGAGAGAUUGAGGAGUUUGUGAGAUCAGACAAACACUCAGAGAAGAAACUCUCUGCUGCUCACUGUUCAGACAUAGCCUACAUGCUUCAGAAGUCAGAGGAGGUGAUGGAUGAGUUUGAUCUGAAGAAAUACAACACAACACAGGAGGGCAGAAGAAGACUCAUACCAGUUGUCAACAACUGCACAAGAGCUCUUCUACAGAGAUGUAACAUCACAGUUGAGUCGUGUAAAAUCAUCUCUUCAGCUCUUCAAUCUUCAGAUUCUCCUCUGAGAGAGCUUGAUGUGAGUAACAAUGAUCUUCAGGAUUCAGGAGUGAAGCUGAUCUCUGAUGCUCUCAAGAACACAAACUGUCAACUACAGAUACUGAGACUUGCUGACUGUAAUCUCACAGUUGAGUCGUGUAAAAUCAUCUCUUCAGCUCUUCAAUCUUCAGAUUCUCCUCUGAGAGAGCUUGAUGUGAGUAACAAUGAUCUUCAGGAUUCAGGAGUGAAGCUGAUCUCUGAUGCUCUCAAGAACACAAACUGUCAUCUACAGAUACUGAGGUUAUCAGGUUGUAUGGUGACAGAUGAAGGAUGUUGUUAUUUGGCUUCAGCUCUGAGUUCAAACCCGUCACACCUGAGAGAACUCGACCUGAGCUACAAUCACCCACAACACUCAACACUUCAGCUGCUCGCUUAUCAAAAUUAUCCAAACUACACACUAAACAAUCUCAAUGUGAAUCAUGGAGGAGAGUUCAGAAUAACGGCAGGACUACACAAGUAUUUCUGUAGUCUCACACUGGAUCCAGACACAGCACACACUGAACUACAACUGUCAGUGGAAAACAGUAAAGUGACACGUGUGGAAGAACAGUCGUAUCCUGAUCAUCCAGACAGAUUUGAGUGUUUUGAGCAGGUUUUAUGUAGAGAGAGUCUCACUGGACGCUGUUACUGGGAGGCUGAGUGGAGCGAGUCAGGUGUUGUUAUGUCAGUGGCAUAUAAAAGCAUCAAACGCAAAGGAUUGAGAUAUGACUGUGAGUUUGGAUUCAGUGUAAAUUCAUGGAGUCUGGAGUACUAUGAUAAUUGCUUCACUGCCCAUCACAAUAAUAAGAACACCAAGAUUUCUCUCCCUUCACCGUUCUCUAAUAGAGUAGGAGUGUAUCUGGACUGUCCGGCCGGCACUCUGUCCUUCUACAGCGUCUCUGACACACACACACUCACACACUUACACACAUUCAACACAACAUUCACUGAGCCUCUGUAUGCUGGAGUAAGAGUUUAUUUUCUCCAUGUCAGUGUCUCAUUAAGAUGAAAGUUUUCUACUUUCUCAACUGGCUGAUAAACUGGGUGGACUUCCAGCUUGCACAACCAAACCUCUACAGAUUAUCCAGAAUGCUGCAGCAAGAGUUAUCUUUAAUGAACCGAAGAGAGCACACGUCACUCCUCUAUUCAUUAAGCUACAUUGGCUCUCUAUAGUCGCUCGUAUCAAAUUCAAGACUCAUGCUCCUGGCCUACAAGAACACCAGUGGUUCUGUACCCCCUUAUCUUCACUAUAGCUAAUACAGACAUAUGUACCCGCCAGAUCCCUACGCUCUGCAAAUGAACGGCGUCUUGUGGUGCCAUCCCAAAAAUGUAAAAAAUCUCUCUCGCGCACCUUCUCCGGACCGGUUCCACCUAAGUGGAAUGAUCUGCCCACUGCUACAAGAUCUGCAGAUUCUGUGGCCAUCUUUAAGAAACGUCUGAAAACACAUCUCUUCCUUUAACAUCUGACUGAUCAGUUCUGACUCUUUUUUCUUCUCUACUCUUUAAAAAAAAAAAACCUCUAACUUAGCUCUGUAUACUUUGUUAGGUUAUAUGAGACCAGUCUUCUUUUUUUUUCUGUCCCAAUUGCUUACAUUGCUUACCCCACCUGUAAGUCACUUUUGAUAAAAGUUUCUGCUAAAUGACUAAAUGUAAAUGUGAUAAAAACACUCUCCAUGCAACACGCACAUGUAAACUUAUUCUGUUUCUAUUUUAUAGUUGAUUUAGUAGACAUGGUCUGAGAGAAACGGUGAAUUAUAACUUAAGUCUUUCAGUCCAUAUAUCUGAUACUAACAUGACGUGUUUGUGCUGUAAUGUUUAACUUUACCUCUCUGUUUAUCACAGAAUUAUCUUUAUGCUAAUAAUUUGUGCUCGUUUUGUUUUUAAGAAACAUAACAACAAGGUUAUGCCCUAAAUUAUUAGUUUGAUUAAUGUAGAUAUAUAUUGCAAUGUAGGUUUAAUUUAUUUGUAUUUCAGUUUGUUUCAUUUUAAUUCUGAGUUUAUCAUUUUAGGGCCUCAAGCUUCGUUAUGUAUUUAUUAUUAUA